AUGCCGAAGGUUGAUCGCGGCGAAAUCGUCGCAUGCCCGCCUGUGCGACUGCUCACGGGCGACGAGCUCGGCCUACUCAAAGUGGUUUCUCUCGGGCAGAAUAAAGGCGCCGCAGCAGGAGGCUCGGCCGGGGCCCGAGCCGGAGCGUCCGGUUCGGCGCAGUCCGAGGUGGUUAGGUUCGGCGAAGCGGAUAAGGGUCGUACGGCAGUAUGCUCAUCGGCGUGUGUGGCGGUAGACGAGCGAUCGUCGAUCGUGGCAGUCGCCCGCAAGCAUGGCAUGGUUGACGUGUUGCUCCUUUCAACACCCGCUCCACCCGCAGUAGAAGCACCAGAAGCAGCAGCAGCAGCAGGUGAGGCACCAGGGGGAGGGGAAGGCGCCAGCGCCGCCCCUCCUCCAGCCAGCACCGCUCCCCAGGUCCGACUGCUGCUCUCCUUCCCCGCCUGGCAGGGCUGCCUGCAGGGCGAGGGGUGCGCAGCGGUGCAGAGCGGUAGCCAAUGCAGGGAGGGGGAUGGGGGGGAAAGGGAUAGCGACGUGGGGCAGGGGAGCGAGGAGGGCAGGGAGGCAGGAGGGUUAGGAGGAGAGGGGCAACAGGCUUUGUCAGAAGGGCUGUGGGGACUGGCGGAUGCGAGCCUGGACGGUUCGUGCUGCUCGCUCUCCCUCCUUCCCCACCCGCCCAGUGCUGCUGCCACGCCAAGAGGUGACGCCACUGAUAAAGGCGCAGCCGAUGCAGGGGUGCAGGGGGAGCAAGGAGAGCAGGACGAGCAGGCGGGGAGGCAGGUGUGGGUGCUGGUGUCGGUGUCACACAAUGGGUUGGUGUGCGUGCGAGAGGUGGCGCUGGUGCCUAGGGGGGACAGAGGGGAGGCUGAGAGGGUGUGGGAGGAGGGAGAGAGGGGGAGUGGGAGGGAUGAGGAGUUGGAGGAAGGGGAGGAGUUGGAGGAAGGGGAGGAGGUGAGUGAGGGAGAGGAGGAGGGGGAAGAGGGGCAAGAUGAGGGUGCGGAGUGGGCAGCAGAGCAGCGGCUGGUGCGGCGGUUUGUGGCGAUUGCACCGCGCAAGCCGUCGAGGAAGAAAAGGAAGAGGCAGGGCGGCGCUGAGAGUGACUCGGGUGGCGAUUCAGGGGCGGGAGGGGGCCCACGCAGCAAUGGUGAUGCCGCUGCAGCUGCUGCUUCUGCUAAUGGUACAGCUACGGCGGGUGCGACAGCAGGGGGAGCAGAGAGGCCUCGUCUGCUGUGUGCUGCUGUGGACCCCACCGGAGCCACCAUUGCCGUUGGCGGGAAAGAGGCGGAUCUGACAGUGUGGGAACUCCAAACAGGCACUCUCAAAUGGGAGGCUAAACUGCCCCUCCCGAGCCCGUACGGUGUGGUGGCGCCGAAGCACGUGACAGCGGUGUGCCACAUCAGCGCAUGCCACCCGGCACGCCUCGUCACCGCCUGCCAGGACAACUCUCUGAGAAUCUUCGACCUCCUUUUGCAGCCGCGCCCCCUGAAAGUCGUUUCUCUGGGCACCGUUCCCAUCCGCUCGCUUGCUGCUGUGUGGAGCAAAGGUGGUGGGGAGGAGUGCAGUGCGGUGACAGUCGGAACGGGCAUGGGGGAGAUGAAGCUGGUGGAUCUGACACACGGUCGCAUCGUUGGAGCGUUCAAGGGCGAGUGUGCGGGCUCCAUUCGUUCACUCGCCAUGCACCCAUCGCUGCCCCUUGUGGCCUCUUGUGGUCUGGACCGUUAUGUGCGCAUACACCACCUGCACUCACGCCGCCUCGUUGCCAAGGUGUUUCUGAAGCAGCCACUCAACUUCCUCUGCUUCCUGCCAGAAGCGGUGGCGUCUGGAGCUGCUGCAUCAGGGCCUCCAAGCUCCAAGCGCAAGCUCACAGAUGUGACUGUAGCGGGUGGUGACAAAACAGAGGCAGAAGAGACACCAGCUGAGGCAAAAAAGGCAGCUGCAAUUGGAAAAUCUCAGCCCAGACUGGCACAGGGUGGAGAAAGCAAGGCUGUGGCUGCUGGCAGGAGUGCGGCAGGCAGGAGGUCUGGAAAGGCGGCAAGCGAGGCUGGGAGGAAGGUGAUGAGUGGUGCUGGUGGGAGUAAGCGCAGCAAGCAGGCAGCUUGA